GACCCUUGUGAGGAUAAGGUGGUUCAGAAAAUGGAUGGAUGGAUGGGAUAGAAUCAUUAAAUUCUACUAAAAGGGCAAGUGCACUUGACAUUCUGAGCAGGAAUGUUGCACUGUGGGAUUUCGCUCUUGCUACCAGAAGUUAUGGAACAUGCCAGCUUCCUGCCACCGUGUGACAAUUGAACUGUAAUCGAUUUGAAAUAACCAAUGGCUAUUUUACUGUGUGAUUCCACAGAUAAUGGAAAUGGCAUCCAAAGGGGUCAAACCAGUGACACUGGAGCUUGGUGGAAAAUCCCCACUGCUCAUAUUUGAGGACAGUGACAUUGAGAACGCUGUACGGGGUGCUCUAAUGGCCAACUUCCUUUCUCAAGGCCAGGUUUGUAGCAAUGGCACAAGAGUUUUUGUCCAGAGGGAAAUUCUGCAUGAAUUUGUGGAUGAAGUUGUCAAAAGGACCCAGGCCAUUGAAAUUGGCGACCCGCUAUUGGAGACUACCAAAAUGGGAGCACUGGUCAGCCGGCCACAUCUUGACAAAGUCCUCGCCUUUGUGGAACAGGCGAAAAAGGAGGUAUGACUGAAGAGUGUCGUUUAGCGAAUCGUGACAACUAGCA